AUGAGCGGUGAAUUAAGAGCGCUACAGAAACGGGAACGCCAGCUUCUGGGAAUGCUGGACUCAGUCGAGCGAUUUCUAGGAAGGAGCGCUGACGAACGCGAUGAGUGUGAAAUCAUAGUACGGUUACAAAUGCUAGAAGAUGCUGCCAAGGAGUUUUUCACGGUUCGAGGAAAGAUUGAGCUUAUUUUGGAAGAUGCAGAGAAGGAGAAACAGGCAAACAGUGACCCGGAUAUGAAGAAGGAAGCUCUGGAUCAUUUAGACGACGAAAACUUUCAUAUUAUGCAAGAAUUCGAUGAUCGUUUCUGCCAUCUAAAAGCGAGACUGUUACAGUUGCAAUCCCAAGGCGACAUAGUGCGAUCUACCGACGGUUCUCUUCAUGACUCGCAUCGUGCUGAUGGAUUAUGUAAAGUAAAACUACCUGAAAUUCGUCUUCCAACGUUCAGAGGGGUCAUUCGAGAAUGGGUUACUUUUCGAGACACCUUUAAAAGUUUAAUACAUGAUAAUUCGCAGUUAACAGAUACAGAUAAGUUCACAUACCUCCGAGCUUCACUGGCAGAUGAGGCUCUGCAGGAAAUAAAUUCCAUCGAUUUGUCUGCUGCUAACUACAUUGUUGCAUGGAUGACCCUAGAGAUGCGCUACGAAAAUAAAAAGUUGAUUGUAAAGACUCAUCUCGAUGUUCUGUUCAACUUGGAGCCACUGAAACGAGAAACGUACGACGGACUGAAUCAUAUACUAAGUGAGUUUGAGAAGAACGUUCAGAUGCUUGAAAAGAUAGGAGAGAAUCCAACUGAAUGGAGCACAAUUUUGGCGUAG